AUAUCCUACUCGUUCCCUUCAUAUUCAUAAUAUAUCCGUCAUCUUUAUCCUUCCGCAACACACUUUUCAAAGCAAAGACAAUAUUUUCCUCCUGCUCACCACUAUGUGCACGUUAGAAAAGACCGGCAAUAUCUUUUAUCUUACGCUUACAGGCGAUGGGGAGCAUCGGUUGAACCCUACUCUGAUUGCCAACCUCCGAUCAUCACUAUCGCAAGUGAAAUCCCAGGCCGUUAAAGGUUCCGUUCUGAUCACCAAAGCCGAAGGAAGAUUCUUCUCUAACGGCUUUGAUCUCAAAUAUGCUCAAGCAGGCGGCUCACCACAAGCUGCCAGAGAUCGGCUACUGAACAUGGUAGAUUUGUUUAAGCCAUUGGUUGCCGAUUUCAUGUGCUUACCAAUUCCAACGAUCGCUGCUGUCACCGGGCACGCUGCGGCGGCGGGAUUAUUGUUAGCUAUGAGUCAUGAUUACGUCACGAUGAGAUCGGAUAAAAGUGUGAUGUAUAUGAGUGAGUUGGAUAUAGGAAUGACUUUGCCGGAUUAUUUUACGGCGAUGAUAAGGAGUAAGGUGGGAUCGGGAGGUGGACGGAGGAACUUGGUGUUGAAAGCGGCGAAGAUUAGGGCGGAGGAAGCGGUGAUGAUGGGAUUGGUGGAUUCAGCGCAUCCUACGACGGAGGAGACGGUGGAUGCGGCGUUGACAAUAGCGGAGGCGUUAGGGAAGAAGCGGUGGGAUGGCAAAGCGUAUGCAGAGAUUAGGAAAUCGUUGGUUCCGGAAUUAUGUGCGCUUUUAGGGUUGAAAGACGUUGCUGUCAUGCCUUCACGCCUUGCAAAAGCGUUUUGGUUGAGACUUCUUGUUGAAGGCUUCGUGUGGGAGUCAUAUAUGGAAGAUUCUUUUUCCCUUAUCUUCAAAGUUGGAAUUGUUUACAAUUGUGGACAAACUUACCUCUUUCUUACGAUUGGAAAGAAAGAACAAAGGCCUUUGUUUAGUAAAACAACGCUUUCUAGACUUGAAGUUUCGUGGUUUUGGCUGGCGACUUUGCUAAUAAUGUCAUUUGGUGUACCAACUAGUCGUCCUAGUGGCAAUAGAUCCUGAGCAUGGACCCAAUAUGCUAAACUUCAAUUUUUAAAAUUAUUAUUAAAGCAGUGAAAUAAAUUGUCAUUAGUCAAUAGUUUUAAAUAAUUUAAGUUUUAAUUAU